UAAAAAACUCAAAUUAAAAUAAACAAAUAAAUACAAAAAAAAAAAAAGGGGAAAAAGAGAGUCAAUAUCAACAUGCAAGUGUGAAUAUAGAGAGAAAGACUCUUCUUCUCUCAUCAGUUACCCCAAAACUAGGGUUUACCCAUUUCAUCUUCUUCCCCACAUCACUCUCUGAAAGACAAUAAGAGAGAGAGAGAAACACACACAAAAAAAGAAGAAACCAUUGAUUCUUAAGAGAGAGAGAGACUGAGAACGAAAAGCUCAAUGAGAGAGAAGUUGAAACAAAUUUCCGCUUUCGUUCUCUUUCUCUCUCCUCCAUUUCAGUAAUAAAUACUCCUCUUUAAUUUUUCUGAGUUUCUUCUUCUCUUCUCUUCCUUUUUUUUUUUUUUUUUUUAAAUUCUUACCUCUUUUGUGUGAUUCAGUUCUCGAUCCACUCAUAUCUCUUUUCGUGAAAAGUUACUCGCUUAAUUCUCUAGUUGUUUGUCAAAUCUGGUUAGUUUCUGUUGUGUUUUUGAUGAACUUCGGUAGUCUCUUCGAUAAUACACCCGGUGGUGGCUCUACCGGAGCAAGACUCCUCUCCGGUUUAAGUUAUGGAAACCACACCGCCGCAACUAACGUUUUACCUGGUGGUGCUAUGGCUCAAGCGGCGGCGGCUGCUAGUCUCUUCUCUCCUCCUCUAACGAAAUCUGUUUACGCUUCUUCAGGCCUCUCUCUAGCCCUCGAGCAACCGGAGAGAGGAACAAACCGUGGAGAAGCAUCGAUGAGGAACAAUAACGUCGGAGGAGGCGAUAAUUUCGAUGGGAGUAGUGUGAAUAGAAGAAGCCGAGAAGAGGAACAUGAGAGCAGAUCUGGUAGUGAUAACGUCGAAGGUAUUUCCGGUGAAGAUCAAGACGCCGCCGAUAAGCCUCCUAGGAAGAAACGUUAUCACCGACACACUCCUCAACAAAUCCAAGAGCUCGAAUCUAUGUUCAAAGAGUGUCCACAUCCAGACGAGAAACAAAGAUUGGAACUAAGUAAGAGACUUUGCUUGGAGACAAGACAAGUCAAGUUCUGGUUCCAGAAUCGUCGGACUCAGAUGAAGACUCAAUUAGAGAGGCAUGAGAACGCAUUAUUGAGACAAGAGAACGAUAAGUUAAGAGCUGAGAACAUGUCGAUUCGUGAAGCAAUGAGGAAUCCAAUCUGCACCAAUUGUGGUGGACCUGCCAUGCUCGGUGAUGUCUCUCUUGAAGAACAUCAUCUCCGUAUCGAAAACGCUCGUUUAAAAGACGAGCUCGAUCGUGUCUGUAAUCUCACCGGUAAAUUCCUCGGCCACCACCAUCACCACUACAACUCCUCCCUCGAACUCGCUGUCGGCAACAACAAUGGCGGAAACUUCGCUUUCCCUCCUGAUUUCGGCGGUGGUGGUGGUUGCUUACCGCCGCCGACGGGGAUUGAUGGGAUUGAUCAGAAGUCAGUUUUGCUGGAGCUUGCUUUAACCGCCAUGGAUGAGUUAGUGAAGCUUGCCCAUAGUGAAGAACCGUUAUGGGUCAAAAGCUUAGACGGUGAGAGAGAUGAGCUUAACCAAGAUGAGUACAUGAGAACAUUUUCAUCCACUAAACCAACCGGUUUAGCUACCGAAGCUUCUAGAACCUCCGGUAUGGUCAUCAUCGAUAGCUUAGCUCUCGUCGAGACCUUAAUGGACUCCAAUCGGUGGACGGAGAUGUUUCCGUGUAACGUCGCAAGAGCUACAACCACCGACGUUAUAUCCGGUGGGAUGGCUGGAACAAUAAAUGGUGCACUUCAACUGAUGAAUGCGGAGCUACAAGUUUUGUCUCCGCUGGUUCCGGUUCGCAAUGUUAAUUUCCUCCGGUUCUGCAAACAGCACGCGGAGGGUGUGUGGGCAGUGGUGGAUGUAUCAAUUGAGCCAGUCCGGGAAAACUCCGGUGGCGCCCCGGUUAUCCGGAGACUACCAUCGGGCUGUGUAGUGCAGGAUAUGUCUAAUGGAUACUCUAAGGUCACGUGGGUGGAGCAUGCAGAAUAUGACGAAAACCAAAUCCACCAGCUUUACAGGCCAUUGCUACGGUCAGGCCUUGGUUUUGGCUCGCAAAGGUGGGUCGCUACCCUUCAGAGACAGUGCCAGUGUCUCGCCAUCCUCAUGUCUUCCUCCGUUACGUCUCACGACAACACAUCUAUAACGCCUGGUGGUCGGAAAAGCAUGCUGAAGUUAGCUCAACGUAUGACGUUCAACUUCUGCUCGGGAAUCUCCGCGCCGUCAGUCCAUAGUUGGAGCAAGCUCACUGUCGGAAAUGUUGACCCUGACGUUCGAGUUAUGACCCGUAAGAGUGUGGAUGAUCCAGGGGAGCCUCCGGGGAUUGUUUUGAGUGCAGCCACUUCUGUUUGGCUUCCGGCUUCGCCGCAGCGUCUCUAUGAUUUCUUGCGGAAUGAACGGAUGAGAUGCGAAUGGGAUAUUCUAUCCAACGGUGGUCCCAUGCAGGAGAUGGCCCACAUCGCCAAAGGUCAAGAUCAAGGUGUCUGUCUGCUCCGCUCCAAUGCAAUGAACGCGAAUCAGAGUAGUAUGCUAAUUCUUCAGGAGACAUGCAUAGACGCAUCUGGAGCGCUUGUAGUCUACGCGCCUGUCGACAUUCCCGCCAUGCAUGUUGUGAUGAACGGUGGAGAUUCAUCCUACGUGGCUCUCCUUCCGUCCGGUUUUGCUGUUCUACCUGACGGAGGCAUUGACGGUGAUGGUGAACAGCGACCGGAUGGUGGUGGAUCCCUCUUGACGGUGGCGUUUCAAAUCCUUGUUAACAAUCUCCCAACGGCAAAACUGACGGUUGAGUCGGUGGAGACUGUCAACAACCUAAUAUCAUGCACCGUUCAGAAAAUUCGGGCUGCUUUACAGUGCGAAAGCUAAUCCUUGUGGUUCUCUUUCUUAAUGAGUUGUGAAUUUUAUAACUUUUUUUGGUCUUGUACUAUGGGAUUUGGGGGGGUGUCGAGUCAAGAACGAACCGCGCGAGUGGCGAAAUCCAACUCCUUUGUCAUCGUGAUGGGACCACGACAUAAAAGGGUUCGGGUCCGAUCACGGUGGAGGAGUUGGUGGUUCGGGUAUUGACUGGGGUUGGAAACCCCCUAUUAUCCUUUUUGUUUGUGUUUGUGUUUUUUUUUGUCGAGUAUUAUUAUUAUUAUGUAGCGCGAGUAAGCCACACGCGUGGGGUGUGUUGUGGUUAGAAAACGCGAACUUUGGGAUGAUGUUAUGUUGGAUGGGAUCUGUAUCGUUUCAAGUUUAAAAAAAAAAGCUGUCUCUCGUGGAGCAUUAAAUGUA